AUGGCCACACCGAAGAGUUCGACGAAGCGCAGCAAGGGCGCGAAGCGCUCGCACCAGAAGCCCAAGAGGACGUGGAACGUCUAUGUCAGCCGCUCGCUCAAGUCGAUCAACAACCAGAUGUCGAUGUCCAGCCGCACGAUGAAGAUCGUGAACUCGUUCGUGAACGACAUCUUCGAGCGCAUUGCGUCGGAGGCGGCCACGAUCGUGCGCGUCAACAAGAAGCGCACGCUGGGCGCGCGCGAGNUGCAGACGGCCGUGCGUCUCGUGCUGCCGGCGGACCUGGCGAAGCACGCCAUGGCGGAGGGCACCAAGGCGGUGUCGCACGCGUCCAGCUAG